CCUUAUCCAGCCCUCAGCCACAAGGUCCAAACAGUGCAAGGAUGGAAGUCAAAGGUCAGCUGAUCAACUCUCCUACCUUCAAUGCUCCAGCUGCCCUGUUUGGAGAGGCUGCCCCACAGGUGAAGUCAGACCGUCUUCGAGGGCUGCUUGACCGCCAGCAGGCCCUGCAAGAGACCCUGAGACUGAAACUUCAAGAGCUCAGGAAAGUGUGCCUGCAGGAGGCGGAGCUAACUGGUCAGCUGCCCCCUGAGUGCCCACUGGAGCCUGGUGAACGACCUCAGUUGGUCCGCCGGAGGCCUCCUGCAGCACGUGCCUACCCUCCACCACACUCAAACCCAGCACACCACUCCUUGUGUCCUGCUGAGGAACUGGCUCUUGAGGCCCUGGAGCGUGAGGUAUCAGUACAGCAGCAGAUUGCAGCCGCUGCCCGCCGCCUGGCCCUGGCCCCUGACCUCAACGGAGAACAGAGGCGGCGCAGGCGCCAGGUACAGGUCGAUGCUCUGCGAAGGCUGCAUGAGCUGGAGGAGCAGCUCAGGGACUUCCGGGCCCGCCUUGGCCUCCCGGUGCUCCAGCCACUGCCACUGUCUUCGGGAGCACCAGUCAAUGCCCAGGGUGUCUGCCUGGGUACACGCCUUGCUCAGCUCAGCCAAGAGGAUGUAGUUCUGCACUCGGAGAGCAGCUCCCUCUCAGAGUCAGGUGCCAGCCAUGAUAAUGAAGAGCCUCAUAGCUGCUUCCCUCUAACGGAGCGCCCCUCCCCACCAAAAGCCUGGGACCAGUUUCGGGCGGUAUCUGGGGGGAGCCCCGAGCGACGUGCCCCAUGGAAACCUCCGCCAUCAGAUAUUUAUGGGGACCUGAAGAGCCGGCGCAACUCUGUGGCCAGCCCCACCAGCCCCACACGCUCGCUGCCCAGGAGUGCCUCCAGUUUUGAGGGGCGAAGUGUGCCUGCUACCCCUGUCCUCACCCGGGGCAGUGGCCCCCGGCUCUGCAAACCCGAAGGCCUCCAUCCUCGUCAGUGGUCCGGUAGUCAGGACUCCCAGAUGGGCUUUCCUCGGCCUGACCCUGCUUCGGAUCGGGCCUCUCUCUUCGCAGCUCGUACGCGCCGCAGCAAUAGCUCUGAGGCCCUGCUGGUGGACCGUGCAGCUGCUGGGGGAGCUGGAUCACCACCUGCUCCGCUGGCUCCCCCUGCUGCUGGUCCCCCAGUUUGCAAGAGCAGUGAGGUGCUGUAUGAGCGCCCCCAACCAGUCCCUUCUUUCUCUUCCCGUACCACUGGCCCCCCAGACCCUCCUCGGGCUGCCAGACCUAGCUCGGCUGCCCCUGCAUCCCGUGGGCCCCCCCGGCUCCCACCUGUGUGUGGAGACUUCCUCUUGGACUACUCAUUGGACCGAGGCUUGCCCCGCGGUAGUGGCGGGGCCGGUUGGGGGGACCUGCUGCCUGCUCCUGAAGUUCCAGGACCCCUUUCCCGCAGAGACGGGCUCCUUGCCAUGCUCCCAGGUCCUCCACCCAUAUAUGCAGCUGAUGGUAGCAGCCCCCUCCUCCGCAGCAAGGACCCCAACAGCCGUGCCAUCCGUUCCAAGCCCUGUGGCUUGCCCCCAGAAGCCGUGGAGGGUCUGGAAGUGCAUCCAAACCCAUUACUCUGGAUGCCCCCACCCACCCGGAUACCUCCAGCUGGUGAGCGAGGUGGCCACAAGAACCUUGCCCUGGAGGGGCUGCGGGACUGGUACAUCCGGAACUCGGGACUGGCCGUUGGUCCCCAGCGCCGGCCAAUGCUCCCGCACGUGGGGCCAACACACACACCCUUCCUCCAUGCCCGCUGCUAUGAGGUGGGCCAGUCAUUGUACGGCCCUCCCAGCCAGGCACCGCUCCCGCACUCCAGGAGUUUUACAGCGCCCCCUGUCUCUGGCAGAUACUACACGGAUUUCCUGUAUCCCCCGGAGCUGAGCGCUCGUUUAAGUGACCUGACGCUAGAGGGGGAGCAGUCUUCCAGUUCUGAUACCCAGACCCCAGGGACACUGGUCUGA